GAUCGUUCUUGUGUAUACUUUAUCUCAAAAUGUCAGGCUUCAAUGAGAUACCUAGUGAAAUUUUACAGAAGAUUUUUGUAUAUGUUCAGAAGAGUGCAGAGUACAAAAAAAGUUGGAUAGUGCAAUAUCAGCUUGUCUGUAAGGGAUGGAACCAGGUUGCAAAAACAUGGAUGUAUAGCUUAGUGGAUUUAUACAACGAUAAGACCAUUGAAAGGUUUUUACACUGUAUGAAAAAUAGCAGAGCAGGACACCUUACUCGAACCAUAUGUCUUAACACAGGAUACCGAAAAUAUGAAACAACAGAGCUUUACAUCAAUGAACUUGUUGAAGCCUGUCCAAACGUAGAACGUGUUAAGGGCACUAUCAAGAACUAUGAUUCUUGGCGUACUAUUGCCACUGCCGCAUCAAUGCACUGGCCUCAUAUAAAGGAACUUACUAAUCCUUUUUUAUUAACUGAACACGGUGAUUACUUUGACUGUUACAACACACUUAUCUCGUUUUUUCGCCAUUCGCUCACUCACCUCUAUCUACCGCCAGAGCAUCCCUCUGCUCCAAUAAUGAAAGAACUUUGUCAGCGAUUACCAGAGUUUAGCAAUUUAACACACUUGACUAUCGACAAGAUGGAAGCCUUUUGGUCACUUAUAGAUUAUGAUGAAAUAAUCCAGCUUUGUCCUAGCUUGACAUCUUUAAGCGUAAACUCAAGGACGAUUUCUUCGGCAGAGAGGGGCAGAAUACCAACCACUCUGGAGAUAUUGUCUACACAACCGCACAGAAAUGUCAGGACUUUACGCGUGUGUUGGACCAGUCAUUUAGGCAUUGUUGAAUACAUCAUGCACAAGUUUCCCAACCUUCAGAAUCUGGUACUGGUAUCUGGCCACUUUUUCCGUUUUGAUUUGGAAGGCUAUUUCAAUAAUAUCGGCGAUAGAUUUAUAGAAUAUCUAAACUCAAUGCAAACAUAUCAAAUUGAGGGAGUAGGAUUAUUUUCUUUGUUUGAAGCGUACUUAAUGCAUACACCCAGUGUACACAUUCAUUUUUGCUAUUUCCCGGAUUCCAUUCUAGGACUUCACUUGAAACAAACAAGUAUAAAAAGAAUAGCAUUUGCACAUUUUAAUAAUGACUCAAGAAAAAAAGAAAGAUUCUUACAGAUGUUCAAGAGAUACCAACAUAAUGUUACAAGGUUUAUCUUGGAUUUCGAAACAUACUCUGAAGACCGCACCUCAUGGAUUGAAGAUAUUCUCACUACCUGUACGCAAAUAAAGGCUUUCCACUACUGGACAUAUGCGCCUUUCCAGCCGCCAUCACAAGCUGCAAUAGACGCAAAUGUGCCUUUGAAUUCAACGCUAGAUACUCUUACACUGAGAGUCCGUACCAUAGAAAGUGGGUCACUUGCUGGUUACUUGCGUCUCUUACCGUCAGUACGUUAUGUAAAUAUUACAAUUGUUUGCCCCUCUAUGGAUGAAGUUGAAAGUAGAGUGGAUAUGCUAUUCGAUUCCUUUGAUACUGCAUCUUCGAGUGCUUGGUCUUCUCAAAGUCAUUACAGUAGUUUAAUAGAUAUCUUUGGUAGAAAGGCGCUAUUAGUAAUUGACGAUGGCUCGUCAGAUAAAGCGAUAUACUUGGUAGACAUACAACGCGAAAAUAGAACAACCAAAAAAUGGACUGAAACGGUACACGGAAACCCUUUGAUCAAAGUUUUCAUCGACAUAGAUCCGUUUGAUGAGGGGAUAGAUUAUAAUGAUUUAUAUUAUGAUGAUUUAUACGAAUAAUUUUAUUUGUUGGUCCUAUGGCUCAUAAUUCGCUUAGUAUUAGCUUUGUCAAUAAAGGUAUGGCAUUUGUUGUCAAAUG